CAUUCUUGUUAGCGUUGAAGUCCCACUGUGUCUAUCAAUAACCGCACCACAGCAGGAGGACGGAAGUAAAUUGCUGGAUAGAUCAUGAAUGAACAUUCAAAAGUUUCUAUUCUAAGCAAUAACAAACGGAGGACAUCCAUCGUCAAGUGAUCAUGAUCAUGCUACUCCGGUGUGCGAAGUUCGCAGUUCUUCAUCUUCUGGCGCAUUGUUUUGUGGCUUCUCCAUCUUCCCUAUUUGGCCUCUUGGGUGUUUUGCAAAUACGCGAUGUCGCGAAAACCGCCGCGGCGGCUCGGCCCCGAAGUGAAGCCCACGGUCCGACGUCGGAAGAACUCCUUCUCGGUCGCAAGUACAUUGGUGCACCGGGAAGAAACAUCAACCAGAAGGCUAUUUUGCGGGGACAAAGAAGAAAAGCAAGAAUAUCAUCACACAAGCGCUCGUCGCUCCUGGAGCGGCAGCAAAAGCGGAGAAGGUCUUCAAAGUUUGCCUUCGCAGCUCGCAGUCAGGAUGAUCCGGGAGAACAAGUUGUCGUGGCGGGUCCAAUUUCAAAGGAUGUUGGAGCUGUGGAGAUGAGUCCAAGAAGAACUACUUCGAAGCGAAAUAAAGCGGGCAAUAGCAACACCUCGACCUUGUCUUCCAAUCUGUUGGAACUACAAGCGACACCCAGCACCGUGGGAGGACACAUCUCUGUCGCCCCCGAGUCCCUCCUACCGCAGGGCCUGUCAAGACUCGCUGAGGGGAGGGAGCUCCAUGGGCCGACAGACAGUGCAACAGAAAACGAAGGAAUAGACGAGCGGAAUGAAACAUUGAAUCAUGAUGCUCCUGAGACGACAACAAGAACACAUCAUUCUCCUCAGCUGGAGAACAACUUCUACGCGGACGAUCUUCGUGAUGGGAACAAAAAGGGUAUUGGAGCAGGACGAGGAAAAAGCUUAUUUGACGAGAACGUCUAUAACGUUAACGUGAGUGCGAGAGACAGAGACAGAAUGGCGGACGAACACGAUCACGAAGCUGGAAAAACAGAUACUACUAGCGUUCGAGUGGUGACCCGUGGAAGAACUACAACUACGCCGUCAACAGCUGGGAGCAGCAACAGCGCCUCCACUCCUGGUUCAACAUCCGUGGGCGGUCAUGAAAGUAAAACUAGUUCUUCUCUACCGCCAGUAGAAGAUCAACAGGAACAUCAACUACCAGUACAACAACAGCUAACCCGCGCGAGGCUGCAAGAAAGGCUUUUCGAAUCCUGUAUUGUCCAGUGCGCGCACGCGCCCGGGUUCCAGCCGGGAACGCCGGUGUGCGGUGCGGACUUCCUAUCACACAGAAAAAAGCUGGAGGCAGGGCAUAUUUGUAAUGAAAAAUAACUACACAAAAAAAUAUGCCAUGGAUGGCCCCGUAGCAUGCUGUUUCGUAUAUGAAAUACAGAUCUUUUUGUGUAUUUAUUUUUGCAUUACAAAUGUGACCUGCCAGUUUUUUUCUGUGUGAUACUUCCAUUUUUUUCAAGACGUGAAGUUUCCGUCCCUCUGUUACGAGCAGUGCUACUACACGCAAGUGAAAGCGACCGUAUGAAAUGCAAAAAUGCCUUGGUCUGGAACAUUCUAAACUUGUGAUGCUGUUUCUGGAUUCUGAAAAAAUUUGUAUUGCAUGACCAGCAAGAGGACUCCAGUUUGUCCUAAGCAGAGAGGGCGUUUUCAUGCGGCAGAGGUAUCGCAAAGCGCUCUAAAAAUCUGUGAUGCUACGGCAUGCAUCACAGACAUCAUGGGUCACGGAAAAUAUGCAAGACAAAUCUAGAAAUCUUCCAGACCCAGACAUUUUUGCAUUUGAUAGACCGCCCAGGCGUACAACAUCGACCUCAUCCAGACCGCUGACACGGAAGACAGCAAAAUGUGGGAGGUGGCGUAUCCUGAGUAAAAACGCCCCCACGAGGACCCGAGAGCUGUAAUGCAGAUUUGCAAUUCCAGGAAUGUUUGUAAUGCGCAUCCGCAUGAUCCCCAUGAGAGGCAUUUGCGCAUGAUCCCCAUGAGAGGCAUUUCCAACCAGUGUUUGGCAUUUGCAAUGCUGCAAACAGGAUAUACAACAAUACGAAGAGGAAGUUGUCAUGCGUGACUCCCAUGACUUCUCAACUUGUGUUGCUAAGUUCCCAAAAAUCAUUAACUCUAGGGUCGUGGGGACGUUUUUACACAGGAUAUGGCGCGUAAGCAAGCCUGGUUGUCUAGCGGACAGACGGGGCUGUCCGAGGCGGAGGUUGAAGCGGUGGCGCGGACCUUUCUCCACGUGCCCGGGGUGUGUCAGGAAGAGGGGAUUCAGUACUUGAACAUGCUCUCAGAGGUCAUGUUUCACGCCACUCUUAUGGAAGUGUCAGAAUCGAAAUUGACAAAAUCGAAAAACUUGUGAUGCAUGAAAUCGAUACCAGUUGGAGCCUCAGUUUGUAAGUGGCGCGUGACAAAUUUCGGGAGCCCCUAAAUUCAGUCUGUCAUGCUGUUUGGGCAAAGAAGACUGCUCCUGUCAUUCUACUCUGGCAGCACAUUGUAUACCCCUAAACACGCUUACAAUCGGCCUCAUUUGCCUGUUCCCCAAUACAGGCCUUACGUGCCCUACAUUUUACGCAUCACAAAUUUUUUGAUUUUUUCGAUUUCGAUCCUGACACAUCCAUAACUCUGGGAGACCUGCUACGGCACGCCGGAGUAGUUCUUGCGUCGCAGAAGAACAAUCAUGUGGUAGAAGGACUAGGGCCUGCUCCUGCGAGGGACGACGAGAGCGGUACAACUACUAGCGGGGAACAUCAAGUAGUAGAGCACGACAUUGAACAACAAGUACAACAAGACGCUGCAGGGUUGAAGAUUAAUACCAACAAGCCCCCGGCGCGGUCUCCAAACUACAGGGGAGCUGGAGAGGAUAGUGCAGCUAGCGGCGAGGAGGGUUCAUCCUGGGGCGUCGAGAACAACAGGGAGCAGGAGCAGGGGAAAGUCUUUUUCAAACGUGGCCGCGACAAUUAUGGCGGCCGGGGGUUGUGGGGCGACAAAGCAGGUGGAUCAGGAGAAGAGGCGGAGACUGCUGGAGCGGCUGACGGCGACCCAUUGCACGCUCCCCCUCCAGUGCAGUUAGAUGAUGAUGAUGAUGAUGAUGAAGCCAAAACAAUGUCAAACGAAGAGGCCGAUGUUGCCGACGCGCGCGAAGAUUGCGCGCAGGCCAUUCCCUCCUGGGCGCUGCUUCUGGUCGGCAUCAUCGGGCUGGUCAUGAUGUUGAGCGGCUUUGUGUGCCUCUGUGCGCAGUACGACUUGAUACACAGCAACGCAGGGUAUGAGCAGGGCGAUGAGGUACUUGACGAAGAUUCCUCUCGGUACCCCGACGGGAAUUGGGCGCGGAGGACCUCCCAGCUGCAGCAAACCUACCGAAAUGUGUUCAUGAACACGGACGGGACCGACUUGCUGCCCUCUAGUACCGAACAAGAGUCCGUCAGUGUUGCGCAGACGUUCACCAAGGCGCGUAUAAAUACUAAGUCACCCGCCCCUCCUGCCGCAGCAGCGCGAAACAAGCGUUCGCCCGGCCGCGCAGCUGGAUCAUCUGCAAAUAAGCGGCGUGGCGGGGAGCGGCUACGAGAGACGGCGACGGAAAGUGACUCCAGCACCGGCAACAUGGGGGGCGGAGACGACCCGGCGUUUGGAGGGAAUAGAAAGGCCGCUGUGCAAGUGCAGGGGAAUAAAACGAGGUUGGCCCGCCCGGGCGCGAAUACGAGUAGGAGUACAACGCAGCAGGAAAAUUUUAAAGAUCCGACUCGUCGGCCCGGGCAAGUGCAGGGCGGGGGCGCGAAUUUUGCCAACCUGGUACGGGAGACGAUGAUAUGAGAGAAGACGUAGCUUUAGAGAAAUAUUCGUACGUCACUUCAUGCAUUAUAGCAUGGCUGACAGAUGAACUAUUGCCCUCCAUAAGGCAUUGCCUCCUGCCUUGAAGACAACAAGCACAGAGCGAGAUUGCAGCAGCGCCCCAGAUAAUCAAUUCUAUAUCUUCAUCAGGCAGAAAAAUAAGAAAUUUGAGCCUGUUUUGUUGAAGGGAAU